CACUCUCAAGGUGUUCUCGCUCAUACGCCGGAAACGGUCAUUUGUGUCGCGCGACUGACGUUGCACCUACUCUCCUCUCCUACUGUUCUUUGAGCUAGCAACCCCUCUCAGCUCGCCUAUUUGAUAUCCUUGCAGAAGAAAUCCCACACCAUCCAACCCUUCCGGUCCAGACAAACUGCGUCCCGACCACCAUGUCAUUCCUCUACCCUAGACAAGACACCCUCAAGGGAUGCUUUGCGUCCCCCUUCGGCAGCCGUUCUAACAAGGCAGCGGAAACCACGACCAUGGCGAAGCCUACGCGCUAUCAGGCUCGUCCCGAGUUCUACGGCGCAUUCUCCACCGUGGACGACGUCAAGGGCAAGGCGAAGCAGCUCAGCGCCGAGGCCACGGCCGAGUUUGAGAAGGCCAGCGCCAAGGCCCAGUCUGCGGCUGGCGGCAAGAUUGAGCUGUACUCUGGAAAGUACUAUGCUGCUUGCACCGUUGGUGGUCUCAUGGCCUGCGGCUUGACGCAUACCGCCGUUACUCCUCUGGAUCUUGUCAAAGUGAGAAGACAAAUCGACUCCAAGCUGUACCGUGGAAACUUCCAGGCCUGGGGAAUGAUCUUCCGAAAGGAGGGUCUCCGCGGCAUCAUGACCGGCUGGGGUCCGACUUUCUGGGGCUACUCCGCGCAGGGAGCUUGCAAGUACGGAUUCUAUGAAUACUUCAAAAAGACCUACGCCGACCUCGCGGGCCCCGACAAUGCCAAAAAGUACCAGACGAUCCUCUUCCUCUCCGCCUCGGCCUCCGCCGAGUUCCUCGCCGACAUCGCCCUCUGCCCCUUUGAGGCUGUCAAGGUCCGCAUGCAGGGCGGCAUUCCGUCUCCCUACAAGGGCACCCUCGACGGCAUCAGCAAGGUCACGGCCAAGGAAGGAUGGGGAGGCCUCUACAAGGGCCUGUACCCGCUCUGGGGCCGGCAGAUCCCCUACACCAUGAUGAAGUUCGCCUCUUUCGAGACCAUUGUCGAGAUGAUGUACGCCCGCCUCCCGGGCCAAAAGUCCGACUACAGCAAGGCCGCCCAGACAGGCGUGUCCUUUGUCAGCGGUUACCUGGCCGGUAUCCUUUGCGCCAUCGUCUCUCACCCGGCCGACGUCAUGGUCAGCAAGCUCAACGCGAACCGCGCGCAGGGCGAGGCGUUUGGUGCGGCCAUGGGCAGGAUCUACAAGGACAUUGGAUUCUCUGGCCUCUGGAACGGUCUGCCCGUCCGUAUCGUCAUGAUUGGUACCCUGACCGGCCUCCAGUGGAUGAUCUACGACUACUUCAAGAUCUUUAUGGGCUUUCCCACCACCGGAGGAGCGGCUCCCCCUGCCGAGAAGAAGUAAGUGAGCAGAUAUACUGAUGGUUGGGUGAAGGAAGAGCUGGACCAUUGCAACCUGGGUUACCCAGCUGAUAUUAUAUGUAUACUGAGGACCUCUCGAGGGAGUCCUCUUAGCUCUUACACUAUUGUAACAAUGAAAGAGUCUGUUUAUAAAUGAGUAGAAGGUCAUGUAGCCUCGACUCUCAUCCACUGCCCUAUAUAAGAGGUUAAAUGCUUCUUAUGAGACCUCGAGCCUCGUAA